AUGGAUACUGACGAAGCCCUCGAUCGCCGGCGCAAGCAAAAACGCCUCGCCCAGCGCCGAUUUCGUCAGAGAAACGGCCGGCAGAAAGCGACGCCUGAGCUGCAAUACUUUAGUCCCGGCUAUGCUGACAGUCAUGAUGCCAACGGGCCGGACGUCGUGGUGGCCACACCCUCCGACUGGCUGCCAACAACGAGCGCCGAACCUAGCGCGUCGUCGCUGAUGCCUCAUAAUCUGUCCAUAACCACCGCCGACGACCUCAUCCCAGCAUUUGAGGUUGACGUAUCUGCUCUCACCGCAAGACCAGAUGAACAAAAGGCACCUUCAUUCUGCCAAUUCGGAUUUUCGGGAAAUGUGGUACUGGACGACAUCAUCACCUUGAACAUGGGCACUGGAGACCGUAGGCGGGAUAACACCCCCAAUGACUCCAGCAGCGCCAGAGAGAAGGGGAAGGGAAACGACAAUGACGAGAACUGGCAGAGUCCUCUCAACAUUGCGGCACAAGCGGGACACAAGAGGAUCGUAAUCAUGCUGCUACAGCGUAACGAUGUCGACUGUGAAGAGGGGGACGGCGAGGGUCUGGUGAGUUAUGGCCUCAAUUACCCUGGCUGA